CACUAGCUUACUCGCUCUCGCUCUCACUCCUUAACUAUCUCACCCUUUCCACUCCUUACUUUCUUUUUCUUCUAAAAUCUGUAUUUCUUAUAUCCAGCCAUGAAACAUCAAUUCUUGAAGCUUUUACUUCUGAUCUUUGUGCUCUGUUUCUCGAACGUUGUCCGUGCCGAUGAAAUCGAACGUCGCGGUGUCGCCCAAGUUAGAUCGUUCAGUGAAUCCACCUUGAGUCUCACUAAGCGUGGUGGCCGUGGUACCUGGUACACCGGUGAAGAUCUGAACAAUGCUGCUUGCUACGACCGAAACGGCUUGAAGGCUUAUCAUGCUACUAACUACGAUAUGAUUGGUGCUAUGGCCAUGGACGGCUUUGAAGACUGCUACAAGUGCAUGAAGAUCACCAACAACAAAGACAAGAAACUUUCCGUCAUUGUUAAAAUUGUCGACAAGUGCGCUGGAUGUGCAGUUGGUAAAGCAAUCGAUCUUACUCCCGCCGCGUUCAAGGAAGUGGCCCAGGGCGGUGACCUUAACCUUGGUGUCCUUGAUAUUAGCUGGAAGCCACUCAAGGAGUGUCCCAAGUCUAAGCUCAUGCCCAUCAAACCUAACUAAUAGCAGUAAUUUUAAUAAAGUUAUGCUAUCUCUUCCUAUUUCUUGCUCUUCAUCCUUUUGCUUUCCAUCUUAGAACUGUUUCCUCCUCUUUGCUCCUCAACCAUCCGCUUGUCAAAUUACCCUUCGUAGCCCAGUGAAUCAAUAUAAUCGAAUACACUAUAUUACAUUACUAUUCAU